AUCCUUCCCACCUAUUAUUUCAACUAACUAAUUAUUGAUGACCCCCAUUGCCUUAUCUUUCUCUCAUAAAUAUAUUUUGAAGCUGCACUGCUCGUGCAGGUGUCUCUCACGCUUCCAUACUCCUCCCUCUCCCAGUUCUCUGGUUCUUGAAAACCAAAAAGGAAUGAAGAUUUUCUCAGUUGCAGUGGAGGAAGGAAGAGAAGGCGAGGAUGGCAAGCCUUCACUCGGUCCAGUGUACCGUAAUUUACUCGCCCAAAAUGAUUUUCCUCCGCCUGAUCGCCAAAUUAAUUCAUCUUGGGACCUCUUUAGUCUAUCUGUCCAGAAGUAUCCUGGAAAUCGAAUGCUUGGCUGGCGUAAAAUGGUUGAUGGGAAGCCAGGGCCUUACACUUGGAAAACAUACAAGGAGGUUUAUGACGAAGUUCUGGAUGUUGGUUCUGCAUUGCGAUUAUCCGGUGUUGAACCUGGUUCCCGGGUUGGGAUUUAUGGUGCAAAUUGUCCUCAGUGGAUUAUGGCAAUGGAGGCUUGUAAUGCUCACAGUUUGAUUUGCGUGCCUCUCUACGAUACCCUUGGUCCAGGAGCUGUAAACUUUAUUAUAGAUCACGCAGAGCUUGAGGUUGUUUUUGUCCAAGAUAAGAAAGUGAAAGAACUACUGAAACCUGAUUCUACAUCUUCUAAACGAAUAAAAGUUAUGGUCUGCUUCAGUUCAAUGACGGAUGAAGAGAAGAACAAAUCAGUGCAGAUUGGGAUAAAACCGUACUCAUGGAAUGAGUUCACGGAGAUGGGUAAACAAAAUCCGUCGGAGAUUGUUCCACCAACGACAGAUAAUAUCGCUGGCAUUAUGUACACAAGCGGCACCAGCGGAGAUCCUAAAGGAGUCGUGAUAACACAUGAAAAUGUUGCAUAUGGAGUGAGAGGGAUUGAUCUCUUUAUGGAACAAUUUGAAGACAAGAUGACAGGGGAUGAUGUCUAUCUAUCUUUCCUUCCCUUGGCUCAUAUCCUUGACCGUGUGAUUGAGGAGUAUUUUUUCCGCAAUGGUGCUGCUGUUGGCUACUAUCAUGGGGAUCUUAAUGCACUGAGGGAUGACAUGGUGGAGUUAAAGCCAACGCUUCUUGCUGGGGUACCUCGAGUUUUCGAAAAAAUACAUGAAGGUAUAAAGAAAGCAGUGCUAGAGCUUAAUCCAAGAAGAAGGAAGAUUUUUGACAUUCUCUACAAAUACAAACUUGCUUGGAUGAAUAGGGGGUAUAAAAACAAAUACGCAUCGCCCAUAGCGGAUCUGUUGGCCUUCAGAAAGGUCAAAGCUAGGUUGGGUGGUCAACUUCGACUUGUAAUAUCUGGAGGUGCACCCUUGAGCUCUGAGAUCGAAGAAUUCUUGCGAGUUACCUGCUGCGCAUUCGUAGUCACAGGCUAUGGGUUGACAGAAACUAUUGGACCGACAACUCUCGGCUUUCCUGACGAAAUGUGCAUGGUUGGUGCUGUUGGCACUGUAUCUGUAUACAAUGAGAUGCGCCUUGAGGAGGUUCCGGAAAUGGGAUAUAAUCCACUUGGGGAUCAUCCGUGUGGUGAGAUAUGUGUGAGAGGGAAGACUGUUUUUGCUGGCUACUACAAAAAUCCUGAAUUAACAAGAGAGGCCAUCAAAGAUGGCUGGUUCCACACAGGUGACAUAGGGGAAAUACUUCCAAACGGAGUCAUCAAGGUUAUCGAUAGGAAGAAGAAUCUUAUCAAACUCUCACAAGGAGAGUAUGUUGCACUCGAGUACUUGGAAAAUGUUUAUGGCAUUGCUUCUAUUAUUGAAGAUAUUUGGGUCUACGGAAACAGCUUCAAGUCGAUGAUUGUUGCAGUGGUGGUACCGGAAGAAGAGACCGCCAAGAAGUGGGCUUAUUUGAACGGUCACAUGGGUUCCUUUUCGGAUCUUUGUUCUCUUGAUCAGCUAAAAGAUCACAUUAUGGCUGAGCUUAAGUUGAUAGCUGAGAGGAACAAGCUGAGUGGCUUUCAAUAUAUCAAAGGAAUCAUCAUAGAACCUCGGCCCUUCGACGUGGAAAGAGACUUGGUGACUGCAACAUUGAAGAAGAAACGAAAUCACUUGCUCAAGUAUUACCAGGUUCAAAUUGAUCAACUCUACAAUACCCUGGAUGGACGAAAAUUUAGUAAUUAACGUCGUGGACUUGUUGAAAUCAGUAGGGAGGCAUGUGUGUGGCGAAUGAUUGCAGAUUACGUGAGGAAUGACCAAGCGCCAAUUGCACAGGACCUGUUCGAUCAAAAGCUCGUGAGAGACGUCGUUUCGUGGAACACCAUGUUGUUGGGGUUGCAGAAAGCCAAAAACCCACACGGAGUUAAUCGAUGUUUCUUGCAAAUGAGAAGAGGAUUAACAAAGCUCGGUCUGUUUUCGACAAGAUGAGCGAAAAGAAUGUGGUUUCAUGGACUCAAGGGCCAAAUCAUUUUACAUUUUCUACCGCGCUUGUUGGUAUGUACGCGAAAUGCGGAGAUAUUGGCACGGCACUUUGCACUAUCAGAUCAAUUAGUUUGUGAACGCGUUAUCGGCAUGGUGCAUGUGGCUUGCAUUCAAGUUUCGAACUUGGCGAGUUAGCUGCUAAAGAAAUUGACAAACUGGGACAUGCCCAUCCUGCAAGUCGUUCGACGCUUUCAAAGAUUCACAGCGAAAGAGGUGUAUGGAACAGCGUCCAAGAGUUUAGGAAGACGAUGGAAGAGAAAGGCAUACGAAAGCAGAACGCUGGUAGCUGGGUCGAAUCUCUACAUGGAAUGAGAUGAACAAACACAAGAAACUGACCAAAAACAUACUGAAUUACAAGGUCCAAUUUACACUACCACAACAUUUAUGCUUGGAAAUUAGAUUUUCAUUGGUCAUGAAUCAAAUAAUAACCUCGUGUUACACUUUAA